AUGCCCUUCAGCUCAAAAUUUCCGAUGCAUAUAACGAACGCUCUUAUGCCGUUUUUGCCCAAAGAUGUCAAGGAGAGAUACUCUGAGUAUAGAGUCUCAAUGGCGGAGGACGCAAGACAGAACUUGGAAGGGGAAAUGGGCGAGAGUCAACUGUACCUUAGGCUGGCUACCUUGGGCAAGAAGCCACAUUGGCACAGAGAUUUCCUCGAAAUCGGGAGGGAAAGAAUGAGUACACUGUUCCGUCCGGAAUAGAAGAGGUUGGCUGGUUCGGCAAAGAAUAAACAAUACCAUUCUCUUUGUUUUGGGUUAAAAGGCG